UGCUUUAAAAUUGAUUUGAAAACUAGUUUGUUUACGUUUGAAACACAGUUUCAAUUUUAAAAAAGUGAAAAAUUUCAAAAUUUUAGCCCCUCUCUAUAAUUUUAUUUGUUCAAAACUGAGGUAAUUGAAACAGUUAUAAACUUGAGUGGCGUUCAAUAUUUUCAAUGUAUCCUACUUGUUAAUAAUCAAGAAAAAAAAUUAUUACUCUGGAACUUCAUUACUUUGUAUUGGUAUUGACUGAGAAACCAAUAAUAAUUUGUAUUCAAAUACUAAGUUACAACUAACAACAAGAAAGUCAUUAAGUAAGUAGCAUCCCAUUACUUAAUAAUUGAGAAACCAGAAAAUAAGAUUAGAAAAAUAAGAAUUGAAAGCAAGAUUUUGUAUUCAAAAGUACUAACUUCGUCUAAAUAUAACCUCUGAACUCAUCAAUAGAAAACCUUAACAACUGAUAUAUUGGAAGAUGAUUGUAUACGAAAGAAAUUGAACAAACUGUGGUAAAUUUAAUAUAUUGAAAGGAUAACUGGGUGAUGAACAACAAGUGAAAAAGAGGAAAGCAACAUCAAAAGUUUGAAAGAGUUCAAGUUCAUUCAUCAACCACAAAAUUUCUUCUAAUCAAAAUUCAUACUAAUUUGGUAUUAAGUCAAUAUUGAAAGUUUGAAUAAAAAACUGGACACUUGAAUUGAUAAGUAUACAAAAUUUGAAAUUUAUAGCCAUAAGAACAAUAAAUAAUUAUUACACAAUCGAGAAUAGUUCUUGAUAGAUGGAUAACCAUACUAUCAAAUUAUAAGGAUCAUUCAAUAGAUCCCUAGAUAAAAACGUUUUGAAGAAGGACGACAGACGACAAUACACGGCUAUUAAAAAAUUAUAACUCUAAAAAUUUCCCUCAAUUUUGAUAUUUUUCCCUGAAAUUCAACAAAUUGAAUUUGAAACUAUGGAAGCGUUAAUACAAACCAUCAAACGCCUCCACGACGUCCACUGUUUGCUGAGCAGUGUCGUGUCAACAAAAGAAGAUGGCGACCACAACAACAACAUAUUCCUAACAAACAACAACAACAAUUACGAUCCCAACAACAUCAACAACGACCCGGAUUACCCCUUAAUGGCGUCGGCUCAAUUUCUGCCACAAAUCGUUAUUUUAGGCGCCCAAGGCGCUGGCAAAUCUAGCAUAAUCGAGCGCCUGGUAGGCAGGCGGUUUCUGCCUAGGGGAACAGGAGGUGCAGCUACCAGGCGCCCACUGGUUGUGCAGUUUGUGUUCUGCACGAAGAAAGAGUUGGCUCGUAUGGCGGGUGAAACGGGCGCUCAGAAGUUGGAGGCAUGGGGUGUGUUUCAACAUAAGCCUGAGCAGAGGUUUUUCAAAUUUGAAGACAUUAAGCAAGAAAUCCAACAAGAAACAAACCGUCUGGCAGGCGAAAACCACGGUAUCUGCCCGGACCCCAUACAUCUCAAAAUCUACUCAAGCAGCGUAAACUUCACAAUAGUAGACCUACCCGGCCUUAUUGAAGCACCCUCACGUGACCAACAACACGCCACCAAAAUCAAAAACAUCGUCCUAAACUAUAUUUCAGUCCCUAAUAACAUUAUAUUAAACGUGGUAGCUGCUAACACAGAUUAUACGAAUAGUGAGAGUUCGAAAUUGGCUCAUCAAGUCGAUCCUGAAGGUAUGAGAACGUUAUUAGUUGUCACAAAACUGGAUCUGUUAGAUUUGGGGGUGGAUGCUACAGAGGUGCUGACAGGGAAAAUUUUGAAAAUUCGGUUGGGGAUUGUAGGGGUGGUGAACAUCCCCUCAAGGGGCAGUCAAAAGUUGUCAAUUGCCCAAGCAGUUGAUGAGGAGGAGUUGUUUUUUAGGUGUAACUACCCCAAGUUGGUGGGGUCACACGGGGUGGUGAGUUUGUCCAAAGUUUUACAAAAUCUUCUGUUGGAGAAUAUUCGGCUCACCACGCCAGAUUUGAGGAGAAAGGUAUUGGGAAAGAUUAACAGGCUACAAAUGGUGUUGGAUUCCUAUGGUGCACCGAUUUUAGACAAAGGGCAAACUUUGUUACAGUUAAUCAACGAUUUCACCUCGGAGUAUUGUUCCUUGAUAGUGGGUAACUUCCAUGAUUUGGACACGGGGGAGCUGUGUUGCGGGGCAAGGAUCGCGUACAUUUUCCAGGAGAGUUUUGGGAACGCAUUGAACGCCAUUGAUCCCCUGGCGGGGUGACUAAGGUGGCGAUGUUGACUGCCAUAAGGAAUGCCUCGGGCACGAGGCCUGGGCUGUUUGUGCCUGAGGUGUCGUUCGAGUUGCUGGUCAAGAAGCAGAUUGCCAAACUGGAGGAGCCAAGCAUCAGGUGCGCGGACCUUGUGCAUGAGGAGUUGGAGAAUCUCGUCAAGGUGCGAGCACAAAACUGCAACCCUCUCCUGAAACGCUUCCCAGCCCUCCACAAACGGAUCACCGACACAUGUCUGCAGAUCAUCAAAACCCAACUGCCCGUCACCCACCACAUGAUACGGCAGACUGUCGCCAUACAGCUGGCCUACAUCAACACCAACCAUCCCGACUUCAUCCGGGAGGUACAUGGCGUGAACAAUCCCCCAGAAGCUUCCUGCAGGGUGCAGGAGUCUGUGACGUCACUGACGGGAGCGUCUUGGGAGGACAGGACUGGACGGUUACAGGAAGCCGCUCACACACACAGCCACGAAUCCCUGAAACCCAACAACUCACUCACCAACUCGCAGGAUCGCGAGAGUCACGACAGCAUAGUGAUCGAGCACCUCAUCAAGACCUACUUCAACAUAGUUCGCAAAACGGUGCAAGACAAUGUCCCCAAAAUAAUCAUGCAUAGCAUGGUGAACCACGUGACUGAGAACCUUCAACAACUGCUGGUCAGCCAACUUUACACUCCAGAGUUGAUCGGAGAUUUACUGACUGAGAGUGAAGAGGUGACCAAAUUCAGGAAGGAUAUUGAAGAGAGGAUCAGCUGUUUGAGAAGUGCAGCCGAUAUCCUGCAGAGCCUUAAGGAUCCAACGGGAUCCCGUGAGGGACUAUCAAGGAUGUUGGUCCUUUGAACAUCCUGGGUGGUCAUGGUCAAGCCACAAGAAGCGUUUUUAGGUGUUUUCAGACUUGUUGGCAGGACAAGAGGCUCCCCGAUAGGUUAAUUUUAUCAGUUGAUUCCCGAACGCCAUCACAAUCAGCAAAUCGGGAGCUUCCUGAUCUGCUUGGCCAAUCAGAGAGCGUUUUUAAACAAGAUGGCAAGGGAAGAAGCUCUCCGAUUGGCUGAUUGAGUUUGCGUUCGAGAAUCAGCUGAUAACUAGCCAAUCGGAGAGCUUCCUGCUCUGCUCGGCCAAUCAGAGAGCGUUUUCAGAUGAGUCGGUAGGGCAGGAAGCUCUUCGAUUGGCUGAUUAAGUUGGCGUUCGAGAAUCAGCUGAUAACCAGCCAAUCGGAGAGCUUCCUGCUCUCUGCCAAUCAGCCAAUCAGAGAGCGUUUUUAAACAAGUCGGUAGAGCAGGCUGCUCUCCGAUUGGCUGAUUGAGUUGGCGUUCGAGAAUCAGCUGAUAACCAGUCAAUGGGAGAGCUUCUAGCCUUGACUACUCUUCUAAAAACGCCUGAAAAACGCUUGAUGUGGCUUAGCCCUCAAAGCUGGAUUCCCACACAUCAGUGUCAGUGAAAGUGAGCGGCACAGUGAAAAUAUUAUUCCCAUAGGUUCUAAAGGGACUAUUCAUACUAGCUCGGUCGUGUUGAGUGUAAAUAGUCCCAUUAAAACUGAUGGAAAUUAUAUUUUCACUGUGCCGCUCACUUCCACUGUCACUAUAUAUUCACAGCUCACUUUUACUGAUACUAAUAUGAGGGAAUCCAGCUGUUGAUAGAAAAAGAUGGGAUAUGGGUAAUGGAUAGUGUUGAAAGAAGAGAGGCGAAAAGGCUGUAUCUGCUAUGUAAACAUGAAAUUAUGUGGGAAUUCGUUUGGUGAAACAAGAGUGGAAGACAAUAAUUGUAGAUAAUCUCAAAAUUUAUGUUCUUGUCUAAAUUGAGAUUAUUUGAUACAACCAACUGAAAUACAUACUUGUGGAAGAAUUAUAAGAGAUUUAAUUAUUAUAUGGGAUUCAAAAAUGA